CUCUCUCUCUCUCUAAAACAAAAUAAAACAAAGCUGCCUCUCUCUCUGUUUUGUCGUAAUCUGAGACAUAGAGAGAGAGUCUCAGACUCCCAGAAGUUUAGAGAGAGAGUCUCAGAUUCUCAGAGGUUUAGAGAGAGAGAGAGAGAGAGAGAGAGAGAGAGAGAGAGAGAGAGAGAGAGGCUCUCGAAGCUCCCAACUCACUAGUUGAUUCCUCCAUUUGUGCAUUGCCCAUUUGCCACUUCAUCUCUCAGAACUGAGAAGUGAGAACCCAUUUCAAGUUUUAAAACUGUUCCGAUGAUCACAAGGCUCAAAUGCUGGAAUUUCUGUUUGGUUGGUGAGAAACCGAAGGAAAACAAAAUCGAAGCAUGUACAUAUAAUCAUAUAAAUAUUCACAUUAUCACGAAUUUUUUUGUCUUGUUUAAUAUUUUUCUCAAAGAGUAAAGUCAGUUUUUUUUUUUUUUUUUAAAUAUUUUUUCUGGCACCUUUUUCUACUUUGCCUUCUCGGGUUGUCUUCCUUUUGUGCUCAUUGGAGACAGGCUAAAGCAAAAAAUAUGCAGAUUUAUAUUAUAUUAGUGAUAAAGAGUCAAAUUACAAGUUGACCCAUCUAAUUAUCAAAACAUAAAUCUCCAUAAGUAGCUAUUUCUUUAGCAUAAACUCGCCAAAAAAGAGUAAAGAAUUUGAGGGUAUAAUCGUCCUAAGAGAAAAAUUGCAGAAUUCAGUGGGAAGAUGUUCAGGCGCGGAGCACCCUUGCAGACUUGCAGUUGAAGAAAUGCUCUCCUACUUAAUAAUAUAAAGCAAUAAAUUAAUAAAAAUAAAAAAUAAAAAUCUGAGAGCUGGAGCUGUGGACUACCACGUCAUCCUCCCCAGGAUGUGGUGCAGAUCAUCCGCUUUUUUCUUGCUUCAUCAAAUGUGUGGACUUGUGGGUCCUACCUUUGUUGAAUCUAAGCCGUCUAAAAUAUUCACCACCUGAAUUCCAUAACUCUCAAGCAGAUCCAUUUGGCCUGCCUGCUUAAUGCUUAUUCUGCUGCAUCUGAUUCUAAUCAAGCUCCAUCAGUUAGGAGAGAAUACGAAACCAUUUUUCGGAACGAUCGUUACACUAUCAUGCAGAGUUAUUAAUGCACUCAUUUUAUAACAUAUAUCAAGUCUUUGAUAGAUUAAUUAAUUCAGCUACUGUAACACUCAUAUUAUAACACAUAAAUUAAUAAUAUUACGUGACAGUAUGAUCGUCACAAUAAGAAUGUGUCGAAGAAUAUACUUAGCUCCCUAUCAUCAAUUAUGGUAUUGAUGUUGUCGUGCAACGCCCGUUUCUGUCGUUGUAGCCCACUCGCCCAAACUUCUGCCCCCAAAAAAACCCACUCAACGAAAAAGCAUCCCAGUUAUUGUGGUGAUCUUGAGAAGGUUUUAUUUCCAAGUGCAAACCAAGUUAACCACCACCUCAAGGAUAAUGCUCUCUAUCCCACUUUUUUUUGUUUUUGAGAGAUACUAGACCUACCCUAGAAUCCUAUUUCUUCACCCCACCUUAUAUUAUCGCCCCUCGAAAAAGUUAAAAAAAAAAAAAAAAACUCUUUCUCCACCCACCAAUCUUCCUAAACCAACCUUAAUAUAUUCUACUAUUUUCCAGAAAUUGAAAGAAAUAAACCGCAAAAAUCACUCAGCCCAACUACCACCCAACCCUAUACAACACAGCGCAACUCGACGGCAACCCAUUUCACCGUCCACCGUGAACCCACCCUCGAGCAUCUUCUGUUUGUUGAGGGCCUUGACGCCACGUUUCGCGGGUGGUACACCUUCACGAAGGCCCUGCACCCCAGCAGCCUCCCGACUCUGUAAUUCUCGAACAGGUUUAUCUCAGCGACGCCGGAGCCGUUGCCAAUUCUUCCUCCUCGCAUUCACUAUUGAUACUUCCUCCUUGCGCGUUUGUCACUGAUAUCGACGAAGCUCCAGUAAAGACAAAAUACAGAGAAUCUUGCAUCUUGAUGAAGGAGCGGCAAUAGUAAAAGCAUCAGAUCAAACAUACCAUUAAACACCACCUAGCCUACCAUCCUCACUGUUACCACAUCCGGCAAAAACAUAAAUCCCAAAAUUAACAUAUCGGGUGACCAACAAGCAUGAAAAAAAUUUAGAAACAAAAAAUAAAUCAGAUGGGAAAAAAAAGAGAAGGAGGAUAAUAUUGUGAGGGAAAAGAGGAUGAAAAGGAGCCGAGAGAGCAAAAGUAGUUCGUUAGAACAGUAAAAAUCAAAGGUUGAACUUCGAACAACUGCUAGGUCCUUAUAUGUCAUUUCAUCAAGAGGGAAGAGAGUGAGAGAAUCUGACAGUUAGAGAGAGAAACCCCACUGAUUUAAAUCUGAUUGAUGAAGAAAGCUUGAAGAAGUGUUGAAUGGAGUAGAAAUGGAGGAGGGUGGAUCAGCUGGAAACUAUCAGUGGAGUGGACUCAAAGUCAAGGUUGAUUCAUGGUUCAGCCAAUUUCGCAAUGGCUCGAAUCCAUGGAUGGCCAGAUAUGCCUAUGGAUUCAUGUUUUUGAUCGCAAAUCUUAUGGCAUGGGCUGUCCGGGAUUACGGAAGCAGUGUGUUGACGGAGAUGGAGAGAUUAAAAGGAUGUCAUGGUGUGAAGGAUUGUUUGGGUGCAGAAGGAGUCCUACGUGUGAGCUUGGGUUGCUUUUUGUUCUAUUUCACAAUGUUCCUUUCGACUAUUGGCACAUCGAAGUUGAACGAGCCCAGAGAUUUGUGGCAAUCCGGAUGGUGGUCUGCCAAGAUUGUCAUGUGGGUUUCCUUCAUCAUCAUUCCCUUUGUGCUUCCUGCUAAAAUCAUUCAGCUAUAUGGAGAGAUUGCUCAUUUUGGUGCCGGGUAUGAUUCGAUGGUUUUUCUCUUGAUUCAGCUAAUAAGCAUAAUCAGUUUCAUUAAGUGGCUGAACGAUUGGUGUCAGUCUACCAAAUCAGAAAGAUGCCGGAUUUAUGUGACAUUACUUGCAAUUACUGCACAUGUUGUAUGCUUAGUGGGGAUCGUAUUGAUGUACAUAUGGUAUGCACCAGAACCAACUUGCCUCCUCAACAUUUUCUUCAUUACCUGGACAUUAGUACUACUGCAACUCAUGACCAGUGUCUCUCUCCACCCGAAUGUGAAUGCCGGCAUCUUGACUCCGGGUCUCAUGGGGCUCUAUAUAGUAUUCAUCUGCUGGUUUGCUAUUAGAAGUGAACCAGCGGGGACAAGUUGCAACAAGAAGGCAGAGGAUUCAACCAAAACAGAUUGGCUCACCAUCAUAAGCUUUGUUAUAGCCGUGCUUGCAAUGGUUAUCGCGACAUUCUCAACCGGCAUAGAUUCCAAAUGCUUUAAGUUCAGGAACGACGAGACUGAAUCCGAGGAUGAUGUUCCAUAUGGUUAUGGGUUCUUCCAUUUCGUUUUUGCCACGGGAGCAAUGUACUUUGCAAUGCUGCUGAUUGGUUGGAAUACUCAUCAGUCCAUGAAAAAGUUUACACUUGAUGUGGGAUGGGCCAGCACUUGGGUGAGGAUUGUGAACGAGUGGAUCGCCGUCUGCGUGUAUUUAUGGAUGCUGGUGGCUCCAAUCAUAUGGAAGAGCAGACAAACGGCGGAAUCCGCUUAAGUUGAACAAGUUUAUUUCUACAUCUUGCCCCAUUCAUCGGUUGUACAUAUGGGAGUGUCCAAGCAUCAGCCUCGAGGAUCAAAACUCGGCGCAUACUUGAGAAGAACCUCCUCAGGCCGCCAUGGGCAGCAGCACCGCUGGCACUUUACACCAAUGAACUGACUGCAACUUCCAAUUCCUACUGUGUGAAGAUUAAGGAGGGAAAGAAAAAUACAUACAAGUUACCCAUUACUUAGAAGCAUUUUAUGUCCUCCUAUCCAAAAGACCGUAUAGUGUUGUGAAUUCAUAACACUUUCUUCUCCAUAUGUAGUGUGAGCAAAUAUGGUUUAGAAUAAUCUUAGCAUGUUAUUAUUUGUUACAAUAUUGAAAAAGAAAAUAUAAUUUGGGUCCUCGAAAGAGUUUCUUUA